AUGCACACCUCCUAAUUAAUCGAAACUUCUCACUUUAAUUGUGAGGAUUUGUUAAAAGAAAAAAAUUAUAAUCUUCCUCACCAUCAUCAGUACUACUAGCAUCAGCCAUAAAACUAACUUAUCUAAUAAUAGCUGUCUUAGUCCUCAAGCUUCGGUAAUCAGCAUUAGUAACAACCUUAGCUAUUUACCAAUUACACCUUAUUAUCCUAGCAAAGCUAUAAUAACAAUAUAAACCUAGGCUGUACUUCACCUGACCCUAUUCGUGACUCAAAUGAUUUGAAACUUAAUUUUGACUACAUCCCUGACUUUUAAAUUCAGCAAGAUCAUCUUUAUCAGUCAGUUAUACCCUAAAGAUAAAAUCUUAACCAAUUUAUUGACACUCAUCUAAUAGGAUCUUAAAGUGACAUUUUGGAUACUCGUAUGGACCCCCUAAACAUUAUAAGCAAUUAAAAUUCAAAUAACAUUCUUCGAGGCUUUCCAUAGUAGAGUUGUUAGGUUCCCCAAAAGUAAGUUGCACAAGAAGAUUCUAAAAAUCCAUAAAAAGCAGAUGGAAGUUUAAAUAAAGUUCUAAAUGAGUAUUCUUAGCAACUUGAUGAGUUUAAUUACUAUCUUGAUGAUCGAAUUGAUAAUCUAAAGUCUAAAAUAGAUGGAUUGCAGAAAGAAUUGCAAUAGCUUGAAAAACUAUCAAAUAAUCAAGAGCAGAUAUAAAAGAUAGCUAGUAGUGGUCUUGUUGACAAAGCUUAGUUUGGCAAAGUCCAUACUUAAAUUAUUAUUGAUGCAGAAUAGAGUGUAACUGAGAAUGUCAUAAAAGUGAACUCAAUUCAAAAGAGAUUCAUGGGUUUUGAAAGGCAUGAUUUUGAAUAGGAUAGGCAAAAUCAGAAACAAGGUAAUUCAAGAAAAUUGACUUCUCAAAUAAACCCAGCCCUGAUUAAAUCAGAGUUCUAAAAUAGCAGUGGUUGUAGCCACAAUGGUAUGAAAUAAUCGAACGAUAAAUAAAUCGCCGACCUAAAUGAUCAAGCAAGAGAGUUUAGCUUCUAAUAAGGAUUAAUAUAGAAGCCUAAAUAAGUAAUGGAUCUUCAAAAUUAGAAGCAGGUGAGUAAUGGGAAUUCAUUCUAAAACUAGAUAGCCAUUAAAGAUAGUAACAGCUCAAAUAAUUAGAAUAAUCAAUAAAAUGCAAGAUAAGUAAAUAAUAUCUAUGCACUCUCAGAAUAAGAUUACAAGUAUGCUCAAUCUUAGUUUAAAAAGCAAUGUUUAGGGAAGAGUCAUUCUAAUAAUUACCAUCAAAUAUCAGAGUAAUAAGAUCCGCUGGGAUUGUAAAUAUUAUAAAAAUAAAUAAAAAAAGACUAGGAUUAUUUAAUGAGCUUAAACUACAGGCCACCUUAAACAAACAUAUUUGGAAAUCCUAGGAUAUAGCCAAGAAUGAAUAUGAUGCAUCUUCCAUAAUUAAAUCCAAAUUAAGUUGAAAUUAAGCAAGAGAAGUCUCAUUUAGGUAUCAAUCAUUCAAAUCACAAUUAAACUUCCAGUUCUAAUUAUAUCAAUAGUGCAAUAAUGAAGCAUAAAAAGACUAUAGAUAUGAGAGCAGAGGACUCCAAGAGUGUAUGCUCUAAUAGAAAAAGAAGUAAAUAUAAGAUGCUUAAUCCUGAUAUCAAGCAAAAAGCAGUGUAAAUGGCGAUUGACAAAGGAGCUAAGUAAAGUGCACAUACUUUUGGUGUACCCUUGAAAUCUCUAAAGCGUUGGAUAAAAGUAGGCUGGCAGAGGAAAAAGGGAGGAGGCAGAAAGACUAAAGAUCCCUAAAUGGAGAAAAAAUUGCAUGAAUGGUAUUUGUAAAUGAAGGACUAGCAAAUUCCAGUAACAGCCAAGAUGAUAAAGGAUCGGGCAAUUUAGCUUAGAUCAUGUAAAGACUUCAUUGCUAGUAAAGGAUGGCUAGAUAAAUUUAAGAUAAGAUAUAAUUUAGAAAUAUCCAAGGAAUCUGCCACUAUAUCAGGCCAAUAUGGGUAAAUGGGAAUGAGAAGUGAGAGUAGCUCCUACAAUCUUAGUAAUAAUGGAAGUCAAUCAAAUAGAUGA